AUGCAUCAGACCUUCGAUCCUAAUCGUGUUGUAGCUGACAGCAGGAGGCAAGUCAACAACCACAACGUCUGUCUCACUGUGGACUGUCUGUUUUAUGAGGGUAAACUCCUCAAAUGUUCCCGAAACGACAUCUCGUGGGGUGAAAUCCAGAAACUCCUGAAUAUUCCCAUUUCUGAGGGCCCAACAGGUUGGAUGCUGAUCAGAUGGUUUCGGAAUCAUCGAAAACAAAUCGCUUUGUUUGCUUUGGGGUUAACCAUCUAUGUUUCUCGGCAGUAUAUAAAAAGCAUAUGGAGCUUCAUAAGCUUCGGUACACCAGGUUAUGACAAUGGAAAUGAAUCAAUAUUAUGCUUUACGGAAUCUUCAAUAUCUGCAGAAUGA